AUGCCCAGUCCUAUAAGCACCAAAAACUUCCCCCAGACCACCUCACAGGCCCUUCCGCACGACAACGCCGCCGUCCACUCGCCGCCGGCCCAUGACGAGUCCAUGCAAUACCACAAGGGCUUCUUCAAGACCACCCCCUGGAUAGGCCUGGUCGGUAUCAUGGGGACGGGGCUGACCGUCGCCGCCAUCGUCAUCGUCCUGCUCUCGGCCGACGGAAAGGCCACCGACGCCUGGCCGACAGAGACAACCCAGAUCCCGCUGUCCGUGAUCCUGGCCAUCCUGAUCGGCGUGGGAAACGCCGCGCUGACCAUGGCCUACCGCGAGGGCGUGACAGUGGCCUGGUGGGUGCGCAUGAUCAAGGGGACCAGCCUCUACGACAGCCACCGGUACUGGCAGCACGGAUCGAGCGCGUUCGAGGCUAUCAAGGGCCUGCGCCAUCUCAGCAAGGUCACCCUCGUGUCCAUCACGCUGCUGCUGCUCAUCGUCGACGGGCCCCUGCUCCAGCGCGCCGCCGGCAUCACCACCGUCACCGAGACGGCGCCCGCCACCUUCAAGGCCGCCGUGUCGGACGCCAAGAUCAGCCAGCCGACGGCGUACUACAUGACGCGUGCGCGCUCCGUCAACUCCCUGUCCGGCAACUUCUCGCAGGUCGUCAUGGCCUACAGCAACAACGAGCCCAUCUCCCUCGAUCUCCAAGGCUGCAAGGGGUCCUGUACGGGCACCCUCGUCGCCGCCGGUUUCGAUGUCAGCUGCAAGACAAAAGACACAGAGUACAGUCUGGAGGACAUGCAGGGCGGCGACAGGGUCACCGUGGGCACCAUCAGCGUGAAGGCCGACGGCAUCGGCUCACCAGGCAUCCUCAACAUCUCCACCGCCUACAAGCCCUCCACCGACAAGAAGGGCAACCUCGUCACCACCAACUGCACCCUCCACAGCGCCCAGGUCGAGUACCCGUUCCAGUACGCGAACGGGACUCUGACACUCGAGGGGACCAUCUCUUCCGUCGACGACAUCGCCAACCGCACCACGGCGCUGACGUACUAUGACCCCGAGGCCGCUGGCAUGACCAGGUUCCCGUCCACACUGGGCGGCAUCGCCUACGCCAUCGACAGCAUCUACGCCAGCGACGUCGACCUCUACAACUCGGGCUCCCUGGCCAUUAUGGGCACGGGGCCCAUGCAGUACACCUACAUGAACUCGUCCGACGACUCCCUGGGGACGGCCGACGUGACCUGGACCGAUCCCACACCGGCUGUCCUCGAGGCGAUCCGCGAGCUGACCUUUCGCACCGCCCUCGCCUUCUCCGACUCGUCCGCCGAGCAGUCCAUCGACGGCAGCCAGCUGCGCACCACGACAAAGUACGCCCUCCACGUCGAGUGGAUGGCCGGCGCGCUGGCCAUCCUGGUCCUCGGCGAGCUGGCCGUCUUCUUCCUCUACAGCGGCUUCUGGCUUCUGGGACGUCCCGUCUCCAUGAGCCCGCUUGAGACGGCCACGGCUUUCCAGGCCCCCCUCACGGCGCACGCCGACUCCAACGCGGACGGGAACGAGCUCGCCAAGCGGCUGGGUGACCAAAGCGUCCGGUAUGAGGUCGUACAUCGGCAAAACGGACACCGGCGACGGGCCAUUGUGCUUGCGCACAAGAUGCGGUGA